AGACAUGUGGCUCUACAUGUACCCGCAUUUUUGCUACAUUUUGGUGCGGUAUUUUCCUUUCCACAACAGACGAACUCUCAGGAUACUACUGAUUGGAGCUACCUUUAUCAUGCUCCUUCCUCAGCUUAUCAUUGUUCAAGAUCCCAGUAACUGGCGUGACUGUGACAGGAACCUUCUGCAGCUCCUGAUAACAAAUAUAAUAUUUACUGUCACUAUGAUGUGUUUCACAGUGAUAUUCUCUAUUAUGGAACCUAUACCCUGGAUUAUAAAGAAUACAUUCCACGGCUUCGGAGGAGUAGCGUUUAUAUUUCAACUGGUACUGGACGCUAAAUCCCUCACUAAAGAUGAUUACUGUUCAGUGACAGUGCCACAGCUUUACACUUACAUGUACAUUCUUGCUGUUGUGGGUACACUGUGUAUGGUGUUCUAUGCUGUGAUGGUCCCCUUCUGGCUUCUCAACUACUUCAGAAGAAAUUCUCUCCUUAACAAAACCACCAGAGAAGGGGUCUGCUGGCCAAUUGUUGACUGUUGUGGUUGUAUCUGGCACGUUUAGUGCACAAAGUAAAUAUUUCAACAGAAAUCAAAAUUCUGAAAAGAACACAUGUUUGGUGUCCUCAUGAUCAUAUUGUAAUGAAGCCAAUUUAAUUUUUAUGAAUGUUUUGAUUUAGAUGUAAAUUAUUGCUGACAUUUUCGUUAUUGAAUAGUUCACUGAAGUACAGUUUUUUACAUUUAGAACUUUAGUAAAUUUUAUAGUAUUAAUAGUUAUACGAUUAGUUGUUCAGCUAUUUUAUAGUUGCUUAUUUGAAAAUGCAAACAUGUCAAUUACAUUUAUUGUUCAUAACAUUGACAUUUAUUGACAUCUAGUUUUGUAUUUUAUCCUUUUUAAAUUUUUAGUUUGAUUAUUUUUUAGUUUAAUUAUUUUUAUUGAUCAUGAUAUAGUAAUAGUAUAUAGUAUUAUAUU